UACCCUUGAACCAAAAAUAAGCAAUCAUCAUCUACAUAAUAAUUAGUUGAUAUAAACUAAAGAACUGUACAAGCUUGACUUCCAGAUUUCAAGUCUUCCACCAAUAUCAGGUCUGCAAGCUUGGCGGCUCAAACAAAUUGCAUAGGAGAAUAUUCUCAUUGCAUAGGUAAGCGCUUACAUCACCAAAACAACUAUGAAGGUGCUUUAAGAGAAGUGUCCUACACUACUGAUAAGUGAUAACCAAGUUGUGAAGUGUUUAUUCGAAACCCCCAAAUCGAAAUGGCGUCCCAACCACCUCAGCUUCACUUUGUCUUGUUUCCGCUAAUGUCCCCAGGCCACAUGCUCCCCAUGACUGACCUUGCAACAAUAUUGUCACAGCAUAACGCAAUUGUUACCUUAGUCACAACCCCACACAAUGCUACUCGUUUCUCAGAAACCUUUGCUCGAGCCUCACAAUCUGGCCUUCAACUCCGUUUAGUUCAACUCCAAUUUCCAUCUAACGAAGCUGGAUUUCCAGAAGGGUGUGAGAAUUUUGACAUGCUGCCUUCAAUGGGCAUGGGGGUGAGUUUCUUCAUCGCAGCAAACAACAUUCUACAGGAACCAGCUGAGAAAGUGUUUGAAGAGUUAACACCACGGCCACACUGCAUAAUAUCUGAUUGCAGUUUGCCAUAUACUGCACACAUAGCUACAAAAUUCAACAUUCCCAGGAUUUCUUUCUACGGAAUGAGUUGCUUCUGUCUCCUGUGGCAGCAAAAUUUGGUCAUCUCUAAGGUUCUUGAGAACGUAACAGAUUCAGAAUACUUUGUCAUACCCGACAUCCCUGACAAAAUUGAGACCACCAAAGCUCAGACACCGGAAGCAAUGAAUGAAAAUUGGAAGGAGUUUGUAGACAAAAUGGCCGCAGCUGAAAUGGUUAGUUAUGGGGCUGUUAUGAAUUCUUUUGAGGAGUUGGAGGGAGCAUAUGCCAGGGAUUACAAGAAAGCCAGAAAUGAUAAAGUGUGGUGUGUUGGUCCUGUUUCACUUAGAAACAAGGAUCACUUGGAUAAGGCUCAGAGAGGGAACAAGGCUUCAAUUGAUGUGGACCAUUGCAUAAAGUGGCUUGAUUUGCAAAAACCAAGUUCAGUAAUUUACGCAUGCCUUGGAAGCAUAUGCAAUUUAACUCCGUUGCAGUUGAUAGAGCUUGGCAUGGCCUUAGAAGCAUCUAAAAGGCCAUUCAUUUGGGUUAUUAGGGAAAGAAAUCAAUCAGAAGAACUGAAUAGGUGGAUUAAAGAAUCUGGGUUUGAGGAAAUGACUAAAAGUUUGGCCCUUUUGAUCCGGGGUUGGGCUCCUCAGGUAUUAAUACUGUCACACCCUGCAAUUGGAGGGUUCUUAACACACUGUGGUUGGAAUUCAACUCUAGAAGCAAUAUGUGCUGGCGUGCCAAUGCUUACGUGGCCAUUAUUUGGGGAUCAAUUCUUUAAUGAGAAGUUUGUUGUGCAAAUAUUAAGAGUUGGAGUGAGAGUUGGUGUAGAGAGUCCUGUAAAGUGGGGAGAUGAAGAGAAAACUGGGGUCUUGGUGAAGAAGGAAGAUGUUGAGAAGGCUAUAGACAAGUUAAUGGAUGAGUCAAAUGAAACUGAAGAGAGAAGAAAAAGGGCCAGAGAGCUUGCGGAGAUGGCUGAGAGAGCUGUUGAAGAAGGAGGGUCUUCUCACUUCAAUGUGACCCUGCUAAUCCAAGAUAUUAUGCAACAAUCUAACAAAGACUAACAUUUUUUCCACUUGUCAAAAGCAGAUUGAUGAUGUUUGUCUAAGUUGAUAUGGCUAAGUUGUCAAGAUAUUCCCCAAGCGCUUUUGCUUUUUGAAUAAAAGUUCACAAUCUUCAGUUAUUUUAUGAUUGUGAAAAUUUUAACCUUUAAUAUAGCUUUUUACAUUAAAAUAAUAAAUAAAAAAUAUUUUAAGAAUCGCUAACCAAUAGAUUUGCAAAUACGACUACACAAUCCGUGGUUCAAAAACCAAGGAUAGGUGUUUGAAUUCCUAAAGCACCUUAACCGGAUUUUUUUUGACUUUGUCAGCGUAAAUUUUGUAAAUUACUUAUAAGCUCCAAAGCACAGACACUCCUUUUUAAAAAAAAAUUGUGUGUCCGACAUGGACACGCUCCGAUACGUUCCGCCACGCGGUCAACUCUCUGACACGUUUUUUCGACACGCAAUCAACUUUUUUUCGACACGCGAUCAAUGCUGAGACACGUUCGGACACUUUUUUUUUAAACAAAAAAAAUCUUAAUUUUAUUUU